CUCUUCACUUCGCUAUUUUUUAUUUUUAUUUUUCCAUUCUUUUUUAUUUUACGAGCUGGUCUCUAAAUUCCAAUAUUCGGUUCAACACGCUUUCUACAACGCAGUCUAUUUUUAUUUUUAGCUUGCUAUUUAUAACAACACAACAACAAUACCGCUUGCCGGCGCUCGCCUCGCCCCGCCCGACUUUUAUUUGCCACAAUUCACUAUUAAACUUUUUAACUUUUUCAAUUUCUGUUCUUUCCUGCCCGUUUAUCUCCCUUUUACGACCCACUUGACACGUUUGUGCACUCCACAUAUUAACAGCGACAACAAUGCCCACCGCAGAAGCGUUUCUGGGCGUCCUCCCAUUUAACCUCAAGAUCACAGCAUCACCAAUUCCACGCAAUCGAAACCAAAACCAAGGCACUUCGCUCAACGACCGUUUCAGCCGGCUUUUCAAGUACCGCAGUUCGAAAGUAGUCGCCGCAGAGACCAACCAGGAACGCACGCGUGCCGACAGAACAUGCAUCAGCGAGUAUGAAACCCAGUAUCUGCAGCAGCGGUCGACAAAAAUCAUAUUGCAAAACGACUUUGUCCUGGCCAAAACGCUGUGCCAGCUUGACGUAUCUGGCGACCGUGCCGCCAUGAUGGCCAGUCACCUGGUAUCGUUCCUGCGCGGAAACCCGCAAACAGCCGACCACGUUGAGCGCUUUGUCAUGGACGCCUUUGACAUGCACCUGAAGAAAUACUCGGCACUGACGGUCAACGCGCGAAAUGUCUUGCGCGACAACAACUUGGCAACUAUGCUUGUCGUGUGCUAUUUGCAGCAAAGCUGCCGCAAUUACCUCGUUUCAAUUUUGCAGCCAGUUAUGAUGGCCAUCGGCCCAUUUGUUGAGAGCUGUGAGCUGGAUCCCGUACGCCUUCCGCCAGGAGCGGACGGCGGAAGCACGGCGAGGAACUCGUACAACCUUUAUUGCGUGUGCAGAUCGGUGCUCGAUGCCGUGUUCUCUGCGGGGAAGCACGCACCGGUCGAGAUGCGCCGCCUGUGUGCCCUUAUCCGAUCCCGCAUUGAGGGUGCCUGGGACACGCAGAUGCCAGCCUUGUCAACGCCUGUUUUUGCAACCCGCAAAUAUGUUCAAAAGCAAAAGGACUCCAAGCUGCCGAUUCUAGAGCUUCGCGACUGGGAGACUGAGCUUAAGUCAAAUGUGCAGGUCGACAUAAUGUCUGACAUCAAGGCAGCACUGGACGAGUGGCUGGACAAUCCUAAGACUGCUGCUGCAAUCACCACACAAGUCAACACACAAGCGCACGUGCACUCACAGAAGCAGAUGUGGUCUCCGGAUAUGGCCACUAGUCCCGCAUCAUCAGGCGGCUCUAAGUCGCAUAAUAAAGCCAGUGGGAGCCCCUGGACGCCCAGCACCGAGGACAUUGGCUUUAAUGGGUCGUAUCAGUCAAUGGUCAACACGGCGUCGUCGCCGUUUUUGAACUUCUUGGAGCCAGGCGCGACAUCAUCUGCCAGCGGCGGAAAGAAUACGAAGAUGUCCCAGAGCCGCAUCCCGGCAGCCAAAGAGCUUAAGGACUCUUGGCGGCAGACCCAGGCGCAGAGCCCGCGCAAAAACAUGAGUCCGUCCAUAUCAAUGCGCCUGAGCAAACACUCUAGCAAGCGCUACAGCGGCUCGUACUUCUCAUCCGUAGAGACUGUCAUCAGCAUGCUCAUUUUCGUUCGCUUCUUCAUUCCGAUAUUGACUGCACCGGACGCCUACGGAAUAGACGUGAAGAUGUCGCCUGCCAAUCGCCGCGGUCUGCUCUUAUGUGCAAAAGUGCUCGCGGUGCUUUGCAAUGGCGUAUCAUUCGGCAUGAAGGAGCCGUACCUCAUGCCAAUGAAUGGCCUGAUUCGGGAGUACCGCCCCAAACUCCGCAGCUAUUUGCAGGCUAUUUCGGCCAGCAUCAACCACCCGGCCGAGGACGACGAUGAGUGUGACGAGCACGUGUCAGACGACGAAUGCAGCGAUCGCGACACCGUGACGAUCGAUGAGCUCGCAUCACAGUUUAAGGUUGUCACUGUAGGCGCCAAGAUCGCCACCAAGGAGGAGCAGAGGAAGAGCAGAAUGUCGUUUUCACGCGCUGCGUAUCUUAACAGUGGCUCGCUGACCCCGGACACCCUGGAGAGAGACUUUUUACCCGAGUUGCCUAUGCCAAUGCCGUCGAUUCCCCAGCAGUACCAGGAUCAGAUUAGACAGCAGCAGCAGGCCAGACAGCAGCAACAGCAGCUACAGCAGAGCUUGGGAACAUCAGCACACGCCAGACCACCGGCAACACGAUCAACUAUCGACCUUCCCACACGCGUGCCCAUCUCUUCGCUAGCGCCGGCAGACUCGCUGUUCAUGAUGGAUGCCGUGGCAGUUUCUACGUCGGCGUCUGACUCGCUUGUGGACAACGAAGUAAUUGACGAGAGCCUGGUCACGAUCGACUUUUUGAUCAGCCUGGAAGGGAACUUUACAAAGCUGGAGUCAUACGUCAAUGAGCACACUUUUUCCAUGCUGCCAGCAGAGCAUCAUCAUCUACAGGCUGCGUGUCGCGAGCUCAAGCCCAUCGUGCAUUAUGCAAAGCAUCUAUCAAAGCCCGGCAAAAUGCAGGACACCUUCUCAAUCGCCACGACCAGUAACCACAACAGCCAGGACCAGGCGCGGCGACAUGACCAGCAUCUUGCAGGCAAGAAGAGCCAGGAGGUGUCGCACAGGUUCUCUGAAGACUUUGUCGAUUUGGGUCACCGUCGUACGAGCACGAUGCCUGGAAAAUUUAUUUUUGACUAAACUUUAUUUUCGACGUGUGGGCUGCAGCUGGGCGGCAUGCGUAUCGUCCUGACCUUGUCGCAUUAUGUUUUCCUUUUUUUACAUAUACUACUACUUUUUUCCUGAUUGGUGUUUCAUUUUUAUGUGUUGGUUUUGACUCAAUGCACAUAUAUAAUAAUACGCAAUAACGAUGGCUGCACAAUGGUCGGACCAUUUAAAGUAGAAAAGCAUGCAUGGUGUCAAACUGGUCCGACUGGUCCCAAAAGCCCCGAGCGUGGUUAGCAACUGACGUUUCGUUAAGAUGCAGGCCAGUUUCCGAGUCGAGCCGAACCGAACCAUUAUCCGGUGGGGCAAAAAAUAUGGUCACUGAUUAGGAAAAUUAGCUGGUUGAUGGUGGCGGAUUUUAAUGUAGUAGUCGAUCUAUGGUGGUCUUUUUAUCUCGCU